AUGUACAACAAACCCAAACAUAACCAUCUUAUCUGAUUAAACGUCAAACAAAAGUCAUAAUUAUUGGCACGAUGCAGCUAUGACACAAGCGCUCAUAUUGCCGGUACACACGCAGGUUAAAUAUUCAACAAUUAAAAUUUUUGCAAAAUGUCAAAACGAAAUAUUGAAAUCAAAGCUCGUAUCGCGAAUGAUGCAGAAUUUGAACGUCGAGUUGAAACCGCUAAAAAAUUAACAAACACCAAUGGCGAAAUAUUAAGCCAACGUGAUGUAUUUUAUAAAGUAUGUAGUGGCCGAUUAAAAUUACGAACGGAGAAUGGCAAGGCAAUGCUAAUUCAAUAUGCCAGACCAGAUGUUUCCGGCCCAAAACUAUCCGAAUUUGAUGUGCUUGCGGUUGAGGAUGCCGAUAAAUUGGACCGCAUGCUGUCUAAUAGUGUCGGGGUGAUUGGUGAAGUAAAAAAGUCUCGAUAUCUAUUUUUGUUGGACCAAACUCGUAUUCAUUUGGACAAAGUUGAAGGUUUGGGCACAUUCUUGGAGUUUGAAGUUUGUUUGCGACCAGAACAAACAAUUGAAGACGGAACCCAAAUCGCCAAUGAUCUAAUAAACAAGUUUGAAAUUGGCGAAUCCGAUCUUAUGACCGGCGCAUACAUGGAUGAAUUGAAACAAAAAUAAAAUGAUUUUCUAUCAUUCCAAAAUUAUCGCAUUUACUAAAAUAUUGUUAUUGUCAACAUUUGAUUUCUAACAUGUUCAAAUUUUAAUAAAAGUAUAAAUAAACAUUCUAUUUUGCGGCA